GCAAAUUCACUCAUUUUAGAAUUUGCAUGCCACUGCAAACUGAGCUAAAAGCAUUCACUGAAGUUAUUGGUGAAAUUCUGUGAAGCUUCGACUUUUGUAUUUUUAAACGGGCAGGGAGGAAAAAGUUUCAUGUCACACGACAAAGUUGUGAGUGGUUUGCAUACGGUUGUGAGUUCAAAAAGACACAUAAGAAGACAGACUAAAUGUUGUAACACGUUUCAGACUUGCGAGCAUGCGCUGAAGCUCCCAAUUCAAACGGUGAGACUUUUUAAAAUAUAUAUUUUGGUUUAAAAAAAAAAAAAAAAACCAAUGAUAAGCAAAUUACUGGAAGAUUGGUGGGUGAUUCCGUAACACGGGAAUGAUGGUGGACAAAGGUCCUUUGUUAACAUCCGCUAUUAUUUUUUACCUGUCCAUCGGGGCGGCAAUUUUUCAAGUUCUUGAAGAGCCAAAUUGGAAGAGUGCUGUGCAUGACUACGAAUUGAAAAAGACUCAAAUUCUGAAGGAUUACCCCUGUCUCAAAGCACAUGACCUGGAAAAAAUACUCGAGGUGGUGUCCAGUGCUGCUGGACAGGGAAUCACCAUCACAGGGAACAAGACCUUCAAUAAUUGGAACUGGCCCAAUGCUGUCAUCUUUGCUGCUACAGUCAUCACCACAAUAGGUUAUGGGAACAUUGCUCCCAAGACCUCCCCAGGCAGGGUGUUUUGUAUAUUCUAUGGGCUCUUUGGAGUCCCUCUCUGCCUCACAUGGAUCAGUGCCCUGGGCAAGUUCUUCGGUGGACGGGCCAAGCACUUGGGACAAUUUCUAACCAAGAGAGGCGUGAGCUUGAGGAAAGCCCAGUUCACCUGUACAGCCAUAUUUGUCAUCUGGGGAGCGCUGGUGCACCUGGUCAUACCCCCAUUUGUGUUCAUGGUAACAGAAGGCUGGUCCUACAUUGAGGGGCUCUACUUCUCCUUCGUCACCAUCUCCACCAUAGGCUUCGGGGAUCUGGUUGCAGGGGUUGACCCGAAUGCAGACUACCAUGUCCUGUACCGAUACUUUGUGGAGCUGUGGAUCUACCUGGGAUUGGCCUGGCUUUCCCUCUUCAUCAACUGGAAAGUCAGCAUGUUUGUCGAGGUCCACAAGGCCUUGAAGAAGAGGAGGAAAAGGCGCAAAGAGUCUGUUAAUGAUCAGCAUCACCACCACAAGAGUAAGAAGGACCUGCCCCCGGCCACAACCACAGCCAGCAAAACUCCCACCAAAGACGUAAACAUUUUCAAUUUCCUCUCCAAGAAGAAGGUGGGUUACCUUGAUUUGAUGAAGGAGAUUGGCUCUACAAAUGAUACAGCUGUGCACAGAGGUAGUAACCAAAACAAAAUCCUGAGCUUUGACAGUUCUCCCCGGCUGAAGAGGAGCUGCACCCAAGGAGACAUGGAGAUGUACUCCAUGAACAAUGGCUUCCUGUAUGGUAACCCCUCCAUUCUGCAAACUAUGGAGAACAGGGGCCUCCUGCACCCUUUGGGUGAGAAGGAAGAACUAGAACUGGAUAUAUUUGAGAACCAGCUGGACAAAGAUGAAAGGGAGAAUGGGGGCCAGUGGAACUCCAAGGGGUAUCACGCUCUCAUUUUCCAGAACGCCAACAUCUCUUUCAUUGAUGAGGAUAACCUGAUGGAGGAGGAGGAGAGCAAGGGGGAGUUCUCACUGGAUGACAAUGUGCAGUCGGAGCUGGAGUCCAAGGAAGAAGAGGAAAGAAAUUCAGAAUCUGAAGGGUCCUUCUUUUCCACAGACAGUUCUGAGAACUCCCUGUCUUACGAGGAACUGGUCGGGGAGUAUGUCAAAGUCGAUAACACGGCUGUUCGAACCUGAGCCGGUUUGUUUUAAACAAUAUUGGAGAUGAAAAAUGAGUAUUACUGGCUACCAACAUGGAUUCCAAAGCUGUUGCUAGGUGUCUGCAUUCAGCGUGCUUCGAGAGCUCACAAAGAUCGACAGCUGCUUUUAUUACUUGCACACAUAAUGGAUUCUCCACAGAUCAGCUGUGGCACAUCUGCUUGGAGAUACAGCUAAUGUUUCCUGGAGGCAGCUCUGUAUAACAAACUUGCCCAUGCCACUCAAACUGUGAACAUGUAGCCUAUAAGAGACUUGUGAAAUUUUUCUUAUAGCAACUGUAAAACCGGGAUAUUCACCCUUUUGCUCCCAAAAAGGGAAUACAAGAGAAUUGUGACUUGUUUAUAUAGCUGCAGCUUAUGUGUCUCAAACAAGCAUACAGAAUAUUAUAAUAGUUAUUUCUUAAAUCUGUUUUUAUAUAAUAUUGUAUUAUAAAUGGUAAGGGUGUGAUUCCACCAAAAAAAGUCACAGACUGCCUCCAAGUUGAAGAUACAAACAACUGAAUCAUAAUUCAGAGCUUUUAAAUCUGACUUAAAUUUAUUUAUGAACUAUUGUAUGUGUGUGUUCUUUUUAUUGCCAUUCUACAACACUGCCAGCUUUUUCUAGGGCCUAACAAUCCAGACAUACACUAACGACAAAUCAGUAUUACCCGUCUCAGUGUUCUCAUUUCAAGCAGACAUUCCUGAGAUGAAGAUGCUGUUGUCUACCGUUAGUGAUCUUGAACUGUAGUGCUGCCAAAAUGGAAUAUAUUUCAAAACGGAACCUGUGCAAUGAGCAGUGAAGAUGUUUUUCCACUUCUUCUAUUUCCAGUCUUAAUGUGUGAACAUUUUGUGCUGUCUUUUUUUUUUUUUUUUUUUUAUGGAAAUGUAUUAGCAAGUAGUAAAAACUCUUGAGACGGUUGUAGUUGGGAAAACCUGAUCUACUGCCCAGGGUUUUUUGGUUUUUUUUAGGAGGGGGGGGGGGGGGGCUCCGGGCUAUAUUUUGUAACCGGAGACAUUGUCUCUAUUGUGCAUUCAUACUGUAAGCUGUAACCUUUUAUAACUAUGUCGCAGAAUUAAAACAGGUCUAAUAUCAUCUCUUCAGUUUCUGUGUUUGAAAGGGUAGUGUCGACCUAUGCUUGGUUAAGACAUUGAAUUCCUGUACGUGUUUGUUUGGUAGAUGAUGAGUCAUUGCCAGGUUCCUCAGCUAAAAGACGACGAGAUCAAGCAUUCCAGCUGUUCAGAAGCUGAGCAGCCAAAGUGACUUUUGCUGCAGUUUAUCAGGAGUGGAAUUCUGGAGUCCCACUGUCAGUCUAGGGCCCUCCUGAGAGAGGUUUGGAAUUGCAGACUUCUCAUUUAGUUCUUAGAUGUAAAAGAACCAUCUCCAUAGACCUUAGGAUUGAAAAAGAGCACUCCAGUAAGACGGUGGGAUGAUUAUAACCAUGAUGCACGGUAACUUUUUACAAACUUUGGAUGAAUAACACAUUUUAAUGGACUUUCGUUAGGACUUUGACCUUAGAAAGGUGUUUUAGUUAUCUUAGUGUUAUGUCUUAAUACUGUGCCUGGUUGUACAGCAUCACUGGGGAUGAAAACAUAUACUUAAAUCGAUGAGAAAAAACUAAUCAGGUAAUCAGCAAACUGAUUCAAUGUUGUUGUUUUUUUUCCCCCCCAUUGUUGUGUGUCAGUACAAACACUGUAACUAUGUAAUACAUGGGUCCUAUUAAAAAAAGCGCACUUCUUUGAUUAUUUUAAAUGAAUACUCCAGACCAGAUUUAUUUAUGAGUAACAAAGUUUUCAGAUAUUACAAACCUUAUUUAAACAUUGUGAAUAGAACCUAGACUUUGUACCACAUGGUGUGAAUCAGAACACUGGGAUUGAAGUGACAGGGAUGGAAAUGUAGGCUGGGGAAAGUUUGGUUUUAUGAAUUUUGUGUGAUUAAAUAAUCAGGAUAUAUAUAUAUAUAUAUGGGUGCAAAUGAUUGAUUGAUUGAUUGUAUAAGAAGUAUUUCUUAGUUUUGCCAUUUUUGUGACUCCAUUUCUGUAUAACUUACUCCAGCAUCAGUAUUCUUUUUUCUUUUUUUUAAAUAUUAUAUAUAGCUGAAUACUGUUCUAUACAAACUGAAUGGUGUGUUUAAAAAA